UAGCACUGUUGGGGAAAGAGAAUGAGAGGGAAGGAGGGGUGAAGACUCAACUUCUGUCAACAGAAGGAAACGCUUUUUUUAUGCCAGUAAGAAAACUCGGCCUGUUUUCGUACUCUGGUCAGAUGAUGGUCUCUGGACUUUAUCUGUGAUUAACAAUAUCUAAUGGGAUUAAAGAGGCUCAAAUUACCGAUGCGUACAAGCGAAUUAUCGAAGUCCGUUAUAUUAAACUGUGUCAAACAUUUAAGAGAACGCCUAAACUAACUUUUUGAAGGAUGGGGCGUAAUUUUAUAAAACGUUCGACGAUUUGAGAUCCGCGCGUUCAGCUGAAGAAAAACGAAUGGAAGAAUGGAAAUACUUAUUUAGGAUAAUAUCUUAACUAGCUACUUAUUUGUGUAGUUGUUUUUAGAGAUGUGCUAUUCUUGCAUAUCCGUUUGCCACGUUUGAAGACGCAAACGAAUCGAAACCGUCGUUUCCUUUAAAGAAGGCCAACUCGUAUAUUAUCCUUCACAUGUGUGGGUUUCCCCUCAAACUAGACCAUGAGUCAGUUUGACUGGCUUCAAUGCUGUUGAAGUUGACCAGAAGGAUAAAUCCACCCAUUACAGAAUGCUGGUGUGAGGGUACUGAAUAUGGCAUCGGCGAUUUUUGAGGGCACAUCCCUGGUGAACAUGUUCGUCAAGGAUUGUUGGGUUAACGGGAUCCGCAGGCUCAUCAUUAGAGGAGAGGAAGAGGAGUUCUUUGAAAUAAGGACUGAAUGGUCGGACAGAAAUAUACUCUACUUGCACAGAAGCUCCUCAGAUUUGGGAAAACUUUUAAAAAGACUGGUGGAGUCUUUCCCUGAAGACAGGAGAGAUUUAUUAAAGUCCCCACUGAUAAAAGGGCUUGUCAAGAUUAAAGAAGCAAGAGACAUUGAGACAAAGCUAAAUGAAGUGGAGCGACUGCUGAAGAAUGCCAUUAACAUGCCCUGGAAGUUUUCUAGGUCAGAAGUUGUCUUAACAUUCUUUGAACGCUCGCAGCUUGACCAGGUCCUGAGGAACGACAAUGUCCACAAAAUUCAGCCAUGCUUUCAAAGUCCAGUUAAGAUUUCAGAGAUCAUGAGGUCUAAUGGGUUUUGCCUGGCAAACACAGAGACCAUUGUGUUUGAUGAGAGUAUUCCACUGGACAAAGAGAGACCCUCCUCCACUGACUCAGCCCAGCACUCGUAUGAUGACGAUGGGAGAGAAUCUUUGGAUCCUGUGGAUCAAGACCUGAUGGACGAUGAUCCUGAAGCUUACGUCACUAACCUGUCCUACUACCACCUGGUUCCCUUUGAAACUGACAUCUUGGAGUAACACAAACAAUUCUGCAUGGGUGGACAUUUAAGGGGAGCACUGAAUCCCACCUAAACAGUUCAGAUCCAGCAUGUAAUAUCUGCCAAGUGAUGGAUGUGCCAGCGCUUAUAUUUUCUGAUUGGUAGUGUUUAUGAUGAGUUUGAAUGCAGAGAUUACUGCAAGCUCCCUGCUUUGACUUUGUUCAUCAGAUUUGUUGGCCUCAGCCCAAAAUUACACCUUAUUCACCCACGUGCCUCAUUGUUCAACGUAGAAUCAUGUUGUAGCUGUACUACUGUAAAAAAGAAAUGCUAUUUCUUGUGUACAGACUGAUGGUGGCCUGAAAGAUUUAAUUUUCUUUUGUUUGUAAAGCUCAGGCUGUACUGUUUUUGAGGUUGUGAUUCUUUUUUUUUUUCAAGGCCCAAGGCCUAGAAAACCUGCCUGAAAAAAUUAUUCUUCAGAAAGAGGUUACUCUAGAAACAAUCCUUUGGCAUUAGAUGAUGAUAUGCAGAUGUUCCUGGAGAAGAAGAUCCACAUAAGGAUUUAUCAAUAUCAAGAAUAUUAUCUU